AAAGUGAAAAAAACAGAUAAUGCACUUAAAAAUUUAGUUUUUAAAAUCUUAAGUAUUUUAGUAAAAUAAAAUAUUCGAAUGAACAUAAUUAGCGAAAACUGUUCUUAACAGUGAAAUAUGAACAAAUCGAAUAAUGAAGAAUCCAAAAAAGUAUUGGACACGCAAGAAUCUGCUAGUGAAAAUGAGGAGUCCGAUUCCGUUACUGAUCAAUCAAGUUCCAUGUCUGAAAUUACUGCACAACGCCAAAAAAAUGGUAAAGCAAAAACCUCUAGCGGAACAAAAACAGCAACGCAGUUUAGUGUGCAAAGAUCGGAUGUCGACGGCUUACGUAUGAAAAUUUCUGCUAUACGGCCAACAACAACAACAACAGCAGCAGCAAAUAAAAAUACAAGUAACUUAGAAACAAAGUUGCAUGUUAAAGUUAAGUCCGCACAUAUUGGUGAUAAGUUCAAUAAUAAUACUAUUGACAAUGUUAAAGCUAAAAUUAGUAAUAAAGCCCAGGAGCAACAUAACAAAUUAGAAAAUCGUCAGUCAACAGUACAAAUGCAAUUGGAAGAACAAAAGUCAUCACAAGUUACUAGAAUGGCAGUUGAUAUUGCAUCAAACGCGUCCACAACUGACAAAACAAGUGCAGCUGGUGAUUUAAGUGGGAUUGCUAACUCCAGCGAUAAAAGUUUAAAUAGUGCUAACACAAAAAAUACAACACUAACUAGUAACCAUAUAUCAAGUCUAAGAACUAAAGCAGACAAAUUAACAACAAUUCCAGCACCACCUAUAUUUAGUGAUGCUACAGAAUCAGGUUGCUCGGAAGCAACAACUACCACUGUUACAACGGCUAAUAACGAGAAAUCAACAAAAAAAAUUCGUAUAAAAAGAAAAAAGCCUUCCUCUUUUAAACUGAGCGAUGGUAACAAGCUAAUAAGUAAAUUACAACACGAAUCAGCAUUUUCUUCUGAUACAGAUGAUGAACUUUUGAAAAAACAGCAACCGCGUGCUCCAAGAUUAUUAUUAACAGCAAUAAAUGCAAAAUCGCCUGCAUUACAUAUAAACUUACUCUCAACAAAAGCCUCACCAGUGCAUGGCAGUGAUCAUAUCGGUCUUUCGUCUAGUGAUAAUGACUUACCGGACUUAGUGAGUGCUGCCAUAAAGCGUGUUGAAAGCGAUGCUGAUGAUGCCUUAGAAGGUUUUCGUAGAGCAAAAACUAGAAAUUUGCCACAAUAUCAAUCAACGUUAUUACAAGAUUUUAUGGAAAAGACUCAAAUGUUGGGACAAACACCAGUACGUGUUACUUCACCAUUACAUUCAUUGCAAAAAAAUUGCAGUGAAUUAAGUAAUUUAGUUUCAGCUACGCAGUCAUCGAACAUCACAACAAACAGUGUUAAAAAACGUCGUGGUCGACCUAAAAAAGUAGCCACUAUUAGCACGGAUGCUACAACUACCGCAUUGGCUGUAUCUACUAUAAAUGAAUCAGCUGAUUCAGGUGUGAUAUCUACAAGUACAACGCAAAGUACGUCUCCACUUCCUAAAUUAACAACAUCGUCUUCUGCUGAGUCACCGAAACAUCUAGUUAAAAGGCAACGCAAAACAGAAUUAAAUGAAAAACAGCUGGGUUCUCCCAUAAAAAGUUUAUCAAAUGAAGUAAUUGCUACAACAUCAGCUGCAAUUUUGAAACCCAAAAUUGACAUAGCUUAUUUAGAUAAACGUAUGUAUGCUACUGAACGAGUAUUAUAUCCACCACCACGCAAUAAACGUCGACAAUCAACAGCUACUUCGCUACAAAAAUCUUCGCAAGGUGAUAAAAAGUCUAACACAUCUACAAAAAUGACCAAAGAUGAACUACAAUUGGAUCCAGUUUGGCGUCAAAUUGACGUUAACAAAAAGUUUCGUAGACCCAGCGUUAGUGGAUAUAAAAGUGAUGGUGGUGGUGGCAAUACAACAAUAUGUAGUAAAAUCUUAGCAGCGAAAAGCGGUUAUGUUUCAGAUUAUGGCUCAUUUCAUCCGCGUUCACAUCAUCAUCACAAUUCGGGGUACAAAAGUGACGCAAGUUGCAAAAGUCGUUAUAGCGUCAAAAGCUGCGCCAGCCGCCGUAGUCGUGCUAAAAGUUGUGGUUAUCGUAGUGAUUUUAAAGAAAGCAGCACAAUUGUGAAAUCAAAUAAAAUUCGACGAAAACGCCGCUGUUCUCUAAUGAAAACACAUUCGAAAUCUGUAGGUAAUUUAACUGAUGUACAAGACAUAUUACAAUUGGCUGGACUCUCUCUGGGUCAAAGUAGUGAGGAAAGUAAUGAAUAUGUGUGUAAACCCAAUUUAGAAAAUUUACCUACAACAAGUGUUUCGAAAAAAUAUGGUGAAAUUAAUCGCUUUAUAACAACAGGGCAAUAUUUUGGUCGUGGCAAUACGAGCGUAGCUACGUUUGGCAGCUUAAAUAAAAAAAAUAUAUACGAUGAAGAUGGUUCACAAGAUGUACUUCCAAUAAGUUUUAGAAAAAAAUCACUACUAAGACGUAAAAAUUCUUUGGUGUCUGAAUUCGGGCAUGAUUUACUUCCAAAUCCAACGCGUAGAAUAAAAUCAAGACGCUCUUCAGUUGCUAGUUAUUGCAGUUCUUACAUUUCUGGCAUUUCCAAAGUAAAACGUAGGCGAAAACAUAAAAUAUUUCGUUAUUCCUCAUCCAAUAAAUCUGUAAUUACUGAUUCAAAAUUAUCAACUGAUAUAGAUAUAAUCAUUAAUACUUUUCAAGCGAUGUGUUCUAUUCAGAUAAAUGAUAAGAAUAACGUAAUGUUAGGCAAUAGAGAAAAGUUACUUUUAGAUACAAAUAAAUUACAUGUUUAUUCUUCUGUUGGCAGUGGCAAUAAACGUGAAAGUCGUGAUAAACGAAGUAUGAAAAAAAGAAAAAUGAGUGAAAAUCAUGAGUAUGCAUUGCUUUCAGCAAGUUGUAGUAACCUAACAACAAGUGGCAGUUCUAAACGACGACACAAAAAAGCUAGUAGUUCCAGUCCAGACGACCACAAAUUACCAUUGAAAAAGCGUCACUAUUUGUUGACACCCGGCGAAAAAUCAACUGAAGCAGCAGUGGCUAAAUUGUUUGCAAGUACAGCUGAAGCUUGGCCAAGAUCAUCAAGUUCAACAAAAUCCUUGCAAGCAUAUAGUACGAAGUCCAGUAAAGCAGGUCUUACCCCAAAGAAAAGACACUUGUUGCAAACUGGCAAUCAUUUAGAUGAAACGACAAGCGGUAAAAGCUUGUCGUCGCCACUUCGAAUUGUUGUGGAAAAUUCAUCUAUAAGUGGUGGUAAACUAUUGGAUAUUAGCCCUCAUUCUUUAAGCAGUUUAAGACAAUCUACAGAAGCGGUACACAAAAAACGUACUCGCCUUGAGGGUUUAGUUUCAAAAAUAGCUAAUCAUACUGAUGAGCACUCCAAGGAAUCUGUUAGAAAUACUAGCAAAAGCGCAAUCACAGCUGCACAGUUAGACUCGGAAGCAUCAUGUCCCCCACCUGGCAUUUUUGAACCUUCUGUGGAGUUAGAAAUACAGAUACCACCAAUUGUAAAACUGAAUGAAGUUGCUGCUGGAUUUAUAACAAAGUCUGAAGUUGAUUCGCCGUUGAUGUUAGAACUAAAUAAAGUAUUUCCAUCCAUAACAUCUACGGAACCGAACCGUGUUGUAGAGAGCCUACUCAAUAAAACAGGAGCAAAUCUUCUAUAUAAACGAAAACGUAAAAAAAUUAAUCGUACUGGUUUUCCUACUGUUCGACGUAAAAAAAGGAAAAUUAACGAAAAUUUAUUAUUGGAUGUAACGCCUGAUGUAAGUGAAGAAGUACAAAGUUGUAUUGAAGAUACACCAAAACCUAUAACUGGCACUCUACUACAAACAAAAUCAUCUACAACUGAUGCAACAUGUGAUCGAGUGCCGCAGGUCGGCGAAGAUAGUAACACAUUUCUGGAACGUGCUAAUCGUACACCACGGCUUUCUGUGGUCGCUUUGGAACGUUUACAGAGUAAUCCCAUGGCAAAUACUUCUCUAAAUGUUUCUACUGGUAGCGUUUCUACGUUAAAUAAAGAUAAAAAGAAAAAACUAUCUGGUAAUGUUAAACAAGAGGUUAAAGAAGACAUUGUAAGCACUAACAUAAAAAAGAAGAAGAAAUUGAAUAAAAAUCAGGAGCCAUUUGAAACUAUAGCAGUACUAAAGGAAAACAAAAAUGUGUCCAAAGAUGGUCGGGGACGUAAGCCUAAAAAUAACACACUUACAAAUGAUAUAUCGAAUAAAAAAGUGAAUCCGUUAGUAGAAGAGCAGAAAUUACUCAAAGGUUUAAAGGUUGUUCCUAAAAUAGAAAAGCUUCAAAAUAAAAUGCCUAUAAGCUUAAAAAAUAGUAAACCGAAUAUUAUAACGCAAACGGGAAUAGAUCCCAAAGUGAAGAACUGUAAAGUUCGUAUAAAACGACCUGGAGAUAGUCGUAUUUUCUCCAAACCAAAAAAAUCGAAUACUGUUAGUGAAGUUGUACGUUCUGACGAGGAAAUCACAGCUGAAGCAGCUGCAAAAGAUAUCUUAAGUCUAGAAAUUGAACAUGAUGUACUUCCGAUGAUCGAUUGUAAUUAUUUGAAUUUGGAAGGUACUAGCGACACCAGUGAAGAGAAAUCAACUUCUGUUACAAAUAACUCCCGAAAGUUCAUACGUAUAAGAAAGAAUUAUUUGCCAGCUGGGCUCUUCUCAGAUUUCUUUAAAAAAGAAGUAACUGAAGCUUUAAAGAAAAACUAUGAAAAGUCUGCGAAUGAUUCUCAACUUCUUGAUAGUAACAUCAUUGCCAAACCAACUUCUUUGCUUCCUCCACCACCAUAUUGUGAAAAAUACCUACGACGUUUACAAAGAGACUUUGAACUUCCGUUCGAUGUUUGGUGGGCAUACAAAAAUUCCAAACUACCUAUAAGAAAUACUGUACCAUCUUGGAACUAUAGAAAAAUACGUGUUAAUAUAUACGCUGAUUCUGUGCGUCCUAAUCUAGCAGGUUUCGACCAUCCUACUUGCAACUGUAAACAUGAUAUUGGCUGCGGUGACAAUUGUCUGAAUCGUUUGGUUUACACAGAAUGUUCCCCAUCAAGUUGUCCUACACGUGAAAAAUGUCACAAUCAAAGAAUUCAACGUCAUGAAGUUGCACCUGGUGUGGAACGUUUUAUGACUGAUAAUAAAGGCUGGGGUGUACGCACAAAGUUACCUAUACAAAAAGGUACCUACAUAUUAGAAUAUGUUGGUGAAGUUGUAACGGAGCGGGAAUUCAAAGACCGUAUGGGUACGAUUUACUUAAACGAUAAUCAUCAUUACUGCUUGCAUUUAGAUGGUGGUCUGGUAAUAGAUGGACAUCGAAUGGGAAGUGAUGGGCGUUUUGUGAAUCAUUCAUGUUUACCGAAUUGUGAAAUGCAAAAAUGGUCUGUGAAUGGACUUUCGCGUAUGGCACUGUUUGCAAAACGAGAUGUCGAAGAAGGCGAGGAACUCACAUAUGAUUACAACUUUGCAUUAUUUAAUCCUUCUGAGGGUCAACCAUGUCGUUGCAACACUCCACAAUGCCGGGGCGUUAUUGGAGGAAAAUCACAACGUAUAAAACCUUUACCAAUAGAAGCAAAACCAAUCGAGCCUAAUUCUGUAAAGGACGGUCAAAAAUGUCGGCAACGUAAAAGAAAGGCACGAAAAAAUGCUCAACGCUUGCAUUCAAAGGACAUUGUUUUAACUCGCACACAACAUUUAUCAGAAAAAGAAAAGAAGAUGGUCAUGCAAUACAAAAUAUUUUUAAUAAGAAAUUAUGAGAAGAUUCGACGUUGCAGAGCAAAACAAAAUCUGAAUGAUAUGAAGACCAGCGCAAAUAUAGCUUUACCUACUUCUAGUACGAGUUCUGUAGAUGUUAGCAAUCGUAGACCUUCAACGCCACCUUCAUUGGCCGCACAAAUUUCUGCUUUAUGCUCCAAUCGUAAUAUAAAAACUCGUGGUUUGAGUGUUGCGGUUCAAGACCCUGAACUAGAAAAAAUGGCUAAAAUGGCCGUAAUAUUACGUGACAUUUGUGCUGGUUUGGAAAAUAUACCAGAUCCGCAAAGUGAAACAACAAUGUUAAUACAACUACUUACAACUAGCAUCACAGGAAUUAGUGGUAAAAAGAAAAAAGCAGCAAAAAACUCACUGAAACAAGAGGCUAUUUCAUUGAAAAAGGUACAAUGCAACAUAGAGCAAGGUUUCUAUAAGGAACCUUCAGAAUUUGAUAAUGAUAUGCAGAAAUUAUUUGAGAACUCAAAAAAACUUUUUCACAAAGACGAUACAAAGUUGAAUGCAUUGAACACACUAAUAUCCGAAUAUGAAAACAUAAAACAGGAGCACUAUAAACAUUUAUUAGAGUUAAACUUUGUUGAAAAUGAACUUAAAAAUUUUCGCCCAAGUAACUUUGAGACGAAAGACGAAAUUGAAAGUUCUAUCGACAUGAAAAUUACAGAUGAAACAAAUUUAACAUUACUCAGCACUGCAAGCGACAAAGAAACAUCAACAAAUAAUGAAGAUAUCAUAAGAUGUAUAUGUGGCCUUUAUAAAGAUGAAGGUUUAAUGAUACAAUGUGCUCGUUGCAUGGUUUGGCAACAUACCGAAUGCACAAAAGCAGAUAUCAAUGCCGAUCAUUACAUGUGUGAAAAAUGUGAACCACGUGAAGUCAACCGUGAAAUACCAUUAGAAGAUUUCACAGAGGAUGGUCAUCGUUAUUAUCUUUCACUGAUGCGUGGUGCAUUGCAAGUGCGACAAGGUGAUGCAGUCUAUGUUUUGCGUGAUAUUCCAAUUAAGGAUGCUGAUGGUAACAUAGUGCCGAAAAAGAAACAUACUUACGAAACAAUUGGCAAUAUCGAUUAUAAUGAGUGUGAUAUAUUUCGUGUGGAACGCUUAUGGAAAAAUGAAGUGGGUAAACGAUUUAUCUUUGGACAUCAUUUUUUGCGACCACAUGAAACUUUUCAUGAACCAUCAAGGCGUUUCUAUCCAAAUGAAGUUGUACGUGUGCCAUUAUAUGAAGUAGUGCCAAUUGAGUUGGUUAUUGGUCGUUGUUGGGUACUUGAUCGUACAACUUUUUGCAAAGGACGCCCAAUGGAGUGCGUAUCGGAAGAUCAUUGCUAUAUUUGUGAAUUGCGUGUGGAUAAAACUGCACGUUUCUUUUCCAAAGCAAAAGUAAAUUACCCAAUAUGUACCAAAAAUUAUGCGUUUAAAAAAUUUACAGAAAAACUAAAAAUUUCGAAAACUUAUGCGCCACACGAAGUUGACCCAACUAUGCUAAAAUCGAAAAAACAAAAAAAUGAAAUUGAAUCUACUUUAUCAUCAGCUUCUCUAAUUUCAUCUUUAUCUUCCAGAGAUACAAAUAAAACCCCUCAAAGUACUCGAAAAAAAUGUGGAGGAGUGCAUUUGUUCAAACCAAUUCCACCAACACAACAAGUUAUUAAGGAGAGACGUGCACGUUUGGAAGUAUUUCUCAAUAUGAUGAAACUCAAGUUUAAGAAUACUCAAUUGACCAAUGAGCCACCAAGCGACUUAUCUUAUUUAUUAUCAGGACGUGGUGCAAGGCAAAGAAAAACAGCUACUGUAAUUUCUACGACUAGUGUGCCUACCUAAUUUUUUUUUUUUUAUUAUUAUUACUUAUAUAAUAAUUUAUCUGUUAUUUAUUGCAUGAAUAUAUAAUUUAACAUUAUUAAGUGGUGUGUGUAAAUUUAUCUGCACAUGCUUUUUUUAACGUACUUCAUUUUUAUUUUAGUUUUUUUUUUAAACCUGUUAAGAGGGAUCUUUACACCUUCAUAGCUUAGACUCUUAAUGGUACCUGUAUUAUAGUAGUCAUAAUAUACCCUGCGGAAGCUAGGCUAAAACACACUAAAUACAUAAAACUUAAUUGUUAACUAAUAAAUAAAAUAAUGCUUUCAUAAAAUUCAGAUACUGAAUCAUUUAUAUAGCAAAAAUAUACAAAAUAUAUAUAUAUAUUUAAAUCGUUUU